AUGAGUAAGAAACCUAUUAUUUUGAAGUUAGGAAAAGAUUCCUUCGGCGAUGAAGCUUGGGAGGAACUGGGAAAAAUUGCGGACGUGAUCACAAUCCCUGAAACUACCACUAGGGAGCAAUUCUUGCAGGAGAUCAAAGAUCCUGAAAAUAAGCUUUCUCGAGUACAAGUAAUCACCAGAACUGCAAGAAGUGUUAAAAACACCGGCAGGUUUGAUGAAGAGCUCGCUCUUUCUUUGCCUUCUUCUGUAGUUGCUGUAUGCCACACAGGUGCCGGCUACGAUCAAAUUGACGUAGAACCAUUCAAAAAGAGACAUAUUCAGGUGUCCAAUGUCCCUGACUUGGUAAGCAAUGCAACUGCGGAUACCCAUGUAUUUUUAUUGUUAGGUGCCUUAAGGAAUUUUAGCAUUGGAAAUAGGAGAUUGAUUGAAGGAAAGUGGCCGGAAGCCGGACCUGCAUGUGCCUCUCCAUUUGGAUACGACCCUGAAGGAAAAACCGUGGGAAUAUUGGGUUUAGGUAGGAUUGGCCGUUGUAUUUUAAAAAGAUUGAAACCGUUUGGGUUCGAAAAUUUCAUAUACCACAAUAGACACCGGUUACCUUCCGAGGAAGAACAUGGUUGUGAGUAUGUGGGUUUCGAAGAGUUUUUAAAAAGAUCCGAUAUAGUUUCUGUAAAUAUCCCGCUUAAUCACAACACGCAUCACCUAAUCAAUGCAGAGACUAUCCAAAAAAUGAAAGAUGGUGUUGUUAUUGUCAAUACAGCACGUGGAGGUGUUAUAGAUGAACGAGCCAUGACUGACGCCUUACAAUCGGGAAAGAUUAGAAGUGCUGGCUUGGAUGUUUUCGAAUUUGAACCAAGAAUAUCGAAGGAAUUACUCGCUAUGCCUCAAGUUCUAGGUUUACCUCAUAUGGGCACUCAUAGUGUGGAGACAAGAAAGAAAAUGGAAGAACUUGUCGUUACUAACGCAAGGAAUGUGCUGUUAACUGGGAAAGUUCUGACUAUCGUCCCUGAAUUGCAAAACGAAACCUGGAUCAAUGACGUUAACCCUCUGAUUUGA